UCUGCACAUCUGCAUGUGUUGACUUUGCCAUUGAGGAAGGUCAUCCAUGUAUCUCGGGUCCCUCAGCAAUGAGAUGGCAUGGGAGGUCUUGGAAAACAGCAGCAUUAUGUGACAUCACACAGAAAGGUUAUGAGAAGAAGAGAUCAAAGUUAAUAGGAGCAUAUCUGCCUCAACCGCCAGGGGUGGAUCAAGUAUUGCCACCGGAACGUAGAACACCCGUCACUCCCUCCUCUUCCUCUAGGUAUCAUCGCAGGCGGUCCUCAGGUUCGCGAGAUGAACGCUAUCGAUCAGAUGUCCAUACAGAAGCAGUCCAGGCAGCCCUUGCUAAACAUAAAGAAAGGAAAAUGGCUGUACCUAUGCCAUCAAAACGACGCUCUUUGGUGGUACAAACCUCUAUGGAUGCAUACACGCCUCCAGAUACCUCUUCAGGGUCAGAGGAUGAAGGCUCAGUACAAGGGGACUCCCAGGGAACUCCCACCUCAAGUCAAGGGAGUAUAAAUAUGGAGCACUGGAUCAGCCAAGCAAUCCAUGGAUCAACCACAUCAACCACUUCUUCCUCCUCGACACAGAGUGGGGGCAGCGGUGCUGCAAACAGAUUAGCUGAUGUUAUGGCCCAAACACACAUAGUUGUGCAUUCCAUCAAGGAUCACUAUCAAAAUGAGUCAUGUGACACAAGUGGGCGUGGCUUUAUCUUAACUACAAAUGGACAGAAUCAGGCGAGUGCAAAAGGUGCUUCUUGCCUUUGGCAAAAAACACCUAAAAAUGAAAACCAUUCAGCCCCUCCAGACGUUACCACAUACACCUCAGAGCACUCGAUACAAGUAGAAAGGCCACAGGGAUCUACGUCACGAGUCACCUCGAAGUAUGGAAAUGCGGAGCUUAUGGAAACAGGCGAUGGCGUUCCUGUAAGCAGUAGAGUGUCUGCAAAAAUCCAGCAACUUGUCAACACCUUAAAAAGGCCCAAGAGGCCUCCUUUACGGGAAUUCUUUGUAGAUGAUUUUGAGGAAUUAUUGGAAGUUCAACAGCCUGAUCCAAACCAGCCAAAACCAGAGGGAGCACAGAUGUUAGCCAUGAGAGGGGAACAGCUGGGUGUAGUCACUAACUGGCCUCCUUCACUGGAAGCAGCGCUACAGAGAUGGGGAACCAUAUCACCUAAAGCGCCCUGCCUUACCACUAUGGACACAAAUGGAAAACCACUGUACAUCUUAACAUAUGGUAAACUAUGGACCAGAAGUAUGAAGGUUGCCUAUAAUAUACUGCAUAAGCUGGGAACAAAACAAGAGCCUAUGGUCAGGCCUGGAGACAGGGUGGCCCUUGUCUUUCCAAAUAAUGACCCUGCUGCAUUUAUGGUAGCAUUUUAUGGCUGUCUAUUAGCUGAAGUUGUUCCUGUUCCCAUUGAAGUGCCACUUACAAGGAAGGAUGCCGGAAGCCAGCAGAUUGGCUUCUUGUUAGGAAGCUGUGGAGUUACAGUGGCCUUGACUAGUGAUGCCUGUCAUAAAGGAUUGCCCAAGAGUCCUACUGGGGAAAUACCACAAUUUAAAGGUUGGCCAAAGCUGCUCUGGUUUGUCACAGAAUCGAAACAUCUGUCCAAACCACCUCGUGAUUGGUUUCCACAUAUCAAAGAUGCAAAUAACGACACUGCCUACAUAGAGUACAAAACUUGUAAAGAUGGUAGCGUGCUGGGAGUAACGGUGACGAGAAUUGCACUUCUCACACAUUGCCAAGCACUUACACAAGCUUGUGGCUACACUGAAGCGGAAACCAUUGUGAAUGUGCUGGAUUUCAAGAAAGAUGUUGGACUGUGGCAUGGAAUUCUUACAAGUGUCAUGAAUAUGAUGCAUGUCAUCAGUAUCCCGUACUCUCUCAUGAAAGUUAAUCCUUUAUCAUGGAUACAGAAAGUUUGUCAGUACAAAGCAAAAGUUGCGUGUGUCAAGUCAAGGGAUAUGCACUGGGCAUUGGUUGCACAUCGGGAUCAGAGAGACAUCAACCUGUCUUCUUUACGUAUGUUAAUUGUGGCUGAUGGAGCGAAUCCCUGGUCCAUUUCUUCUUGUGAUGCUUUCCUCAAUGUCUUCCAAAGUAAAGGCCUGCGGCAAGAAGUCAUUUGUCCUUGUGCCAGUUCACCAGAGGCUCUUACUGUGGCCAUAAGGAGGCCGACUGAUGAUAGCAACCAGCCUCCGGGCAGGGGGGUGUUAUCGAUGCAGGGACUCACUUAUGGGGUCAUUCGAGUGGACUCCGAAGAAAAACUCUCAGUGCUCACCGUGCAGGAUGUUGGGACAGUGAUGCCUGGUGCUAUUAUGUGUUCUGUGAAACCUGAUGGGAUUCCGCAGCUGUGUCGGACGGAUGAGAUAGGGGAACUCUGUGUGUGCGCUCUCGCUACGGGUACAUCCUAUUACGGUUUAUCCGGUAUGACCAAGAACACGUUCGAGGUUUUUCCAGUGACCAGUUCAGGUGCGCCAAUUAGUGAAUAUGCAUUUAUCAGGACCGGUCUUCUUGGAUUUAUAGGACCAGCUGGGCUGGUCUUCAUUGUUGGGAAAAUGGACGGUCUGAUGGUUGUGAGCGGGCGGAGGCACAAUGCUGAUGACAUAGUGGCAACGGCUUUGGCAGUAGAGCCAAUGAAAUUUGUCUACAGAGGAAGGAUAGCAGUGUUUUCUGUGAAUGUCCUGCAUGACGAGAGGAUAGUUAUUGUUGCAGAGCAGCGGCCUGACUCUACGGAGGAGGACAGCUUCCAGUGGAUGAGCAGAGUUCUACAGGCUAUUGACAGUAUCCAUCAAGUUGGAGUUUACUGUUUGGCUCUGGUACCAGCAAACACACUCCCUAAAACUCCCUUAGGUGGCAUUCACCUGUCAGAGACCAAGCAACUGUUCCUUGAGGGGUCACUCCAUCCAUGCAAUGUGCUCAUGUGUCCUCACACCUGUGUAACGAACCUUCCAAAACCCAGACAAAAGCAGCCAGAAAUUGGCCCUGCCUCUGUGAUGGUGGGGAACCUGGUUUCUGGCAAGAGAAUUGCACAAGCCAGUGGAAGGGAUUUGGGACAAAUCGAAGACAAUGAUCAGGCCAGAAAGUUUUUAUUCUUGUCGGAAGUCCUUCAGUGGAGAGCACAAACAACUCCUGAUCAUGUACUUUACACUUUGUUAAAUUCAAGGGGAACAAUAGCCAACUCUCUGACAUGUAGCCAACUGCAUAAGCGAGCUGAAAAGAUUGCUGUGAUGUUAAUGGAAAGGGGACAUUUACAGGAUGGAGAUCAUGUGGCUCUUGUGUAUCCUCCAGGAAUAGACCUGAUUGCAGCAUUUUAUGGCUGUCUGUAUGCAGGCUGUGUGCCAAUAACUGUGCGACCUCCACACCCGCAGAAUAUUGCAACCACGCUGCCAACAGUGAAGAUGAUAGUGGAGGUGAGUCGUUCUGCCUGUUUAAUGACGACGCAACUCAUUUGUAAACUGUUAAGGUCAAGAGAGGCAGCAGCAGCCGUAGAUGUUAGAACGUGGCCUCCGAUCCUGGACACUGAUGAUUUGCCAAAGAAAAGACCUUCCCAAAUCUACAAGCCCUCUGACCCAGAAACGUUGGCUUACCUUGAUUUUAGUGUAUCUACAACUGGAAUGCUUGCAGGGGUAAAGAUGUCCCAUGCAGCCACUAGUGCCUUCUGUCGAUCCAUUAAGUUGCAGUGUGAGCUCUACCCAUCCAGAGAGGUGGCUAUUUGUCUAGAUCCUUACUGUGGAUUGGGCUUUGUCCUGUGGUGCCUCUGUAGCGUAUAUUCAGGACACCAGUCUAUUCUGAUUCCUCCUUCAGAGCUGGAGAUCAAUCCAGCCUUGUGGCUUCUUGCUGUGAGUCAGUACAAAGUUAGAGACACAUUCUGUUCCUACUCUGUAAUGGAACUCUGUACCAAGGGACUUGGCUUGCAGACAGAAUCCUUAAAGGCUAGAGGCUUGGACCUGUCUAGAGUACGGACCUGUGUAGUCGUGGCUGAGGAGCGUCCUCGAAUUUCUCUAACCCAGUCUUUUUCAAAGUUAUUUAAAGACCUGGGUCUCCAUCCAAGGGCCGUUAGCACAUCAUUUGGCUGCAGGGUUAACCUAGCCAUAUGUUUACAGGGAACAUCUGGACCAGAUCCCACAACUGUGUAUGUGGACAUGAGAGCAUUGCGGCAUGAUCGAGUCCGAUUAGUAGAAAGAGGAUCUCCUCACAGUUUGCCCCUCAUGGAAUCAGGAAAGAUCCUCCCAGGUGUUCGUAUCAUCAUUGCAAAUCCGGAAACAAAGGGACCCCUUGGAGACUCGCAUCUUGGGGAGAUUUGGGUACAUAGUGCACAUAAUGCCAGCGGGUACUUCACAAUCUAUGGAGACGAGUCCCUACAAUCUGACCACUUCAGUUCUCGGCUCAGCUUUGGAGACACACAAACUGUAUGGGCGCGGACGGGCUACCUGGGGUUCCUGAGAAGAACAGAGCUAACUGACGCAAAUGGAGAACGCCAUGAUGCCCUGUAUGUUGUGGGGGCUCUAGAUGAAGCAAUGGAAUUGCGAGGGAUGAGGUAUCACCCAAUUGAUAUAGAGACUUCUGUGAUCAGAGCCCACAAGAGUGUAACAGAAUGUGCCGUCUUUACUUGGACGAACUUGUUAGUGGUCGUUGUGGAGCUUGAUGGCUCAGAACAGGAAGCCCUGGAUCUUGUACCACUGGUCACCAAUGUGAUCUUGGAAGAACAUUAUCUUAUCGUAGGCGUGGUUGUAGUGGUGGACAUUGGUGUCAUUCCUAUCAACUCCCGUGGAGAGAAACAACGUAUGCACCUACGAGAUGGGUUUUUGGCAGAUCAGCUGGAUCCCAUAUAUGUGGCCUACAACAUGUAGUCUUGUAAAUUUUAAGGCUUCCAUGGACUUCACAAUAGAUGUAAAAAAAAAUUUUUGUGUCCACUAAAAAGAAAAUCAAACGUGCAAAUAAGGGGAUAACCUUUGUUCAGAAUGGAGCAGUUUUUGUCAUUUUAACGUACCAAUUCCUCAAAAAAUUGGGCAGACAGAAUGUGAAAUGUGCUUUUGUUUUUACCACUACACUUUAGCACCAAAAGACUUUUUUAGGGUACUGUGUUGCCUCAAUUGAAUGAGUUGAGAACUCUACAGGUCUCUGAAAUUUAAAGACCUGUGUGACCUCAUCAUAUUUUUUUUCAUUUUAAAUGCCAAUUUUUAAAAGAAGUUAUUUGUUUUUAUGUUGCUAGACUGACCCCAUUGUUUUCAUUAUGUAGCUGUGGAUUUUAUGAAGGAUUUUGUUUUUCAAUAUAAUGGAAAUAGGUUGACUUAUAAAAACUUUGACGAUGGGAUUGCAUCAACUCGUUGACACAACCUAAUCUGAAAAUAUAAUAAAUUUAAAAAU